CAAUGAAAUCACCGGCGUUGUAAUGAUGUCAAGAGUCCUGGAGAACCUCCAAGGCCUCCUGCAUUUUUUCGAUGCAUUGAAGUUGAAUUCAACAUCUUCAAUGUUAAUGUCAAGAGUUCUAGAGAACCUCGAAUGGGCACAAGGCCUUGUACGUUCUUAUCGACCAGUUCACUUGAAGUUUUCUGCGUCUUCAAUGUUGUUCAGGGUCGUAAAGAACCUUCAAGGGCCAGAACUAUGGCUCUCUUUGUUCUUGUUCUUCAUCUUCAAACUGUACUUCAAACAAAGGAACAAGCCCGUCUGGAGUUGGCCCCUCUUGAAAAGUGUCCCUUCCGUGCUAGCCAACUCCCACAGGCUCCAUGACUGGUUAAGCGGUCUUCUCGCAGCCGGCGGAGGCACCUUAAUGUUUUACGUGCCUGCCAUGCAAGCGGUCGUCACGAGCGACCCGAGAAACAUAGAGUUCAUACUCAAGUCCAAUUUCGAGAAUUUCCCCAAGGGAAAGGAGUUCAGCAAAGUAUUCUCGAAGCUCAUGGGCUCGGGAAUCUUCAACUCGGACGCAGAAUCAUGGAAGGUUCAAAGGAAGAUCGCCAACGUUCACAUUCAUUCCAAGCUCUUCCGCCAGUUUAUGGCUCGAACGACCCAAGACAUCGUCGAGACGCAGCUCAUUCCGAUCCUAAAACGAUGCGCUCAAUCCCCAUCGCCCAUUGACCUCCAAGACAUCUUAUUGAGAUUCACGUUCGAUGCCACAUGCACGGCCGUGUUUGGCGAAAACCCUCGUUGCCUUUCUCCCGAUUUACCGAGCGUCCCGUUUGCGGAAGCCAUUAACGAGGCCAUGGAAGCUAUAGUGUUCAAGUACGUCCUUCCUGCAAGCUGGUGGCGGACGCUUCGCUGGUUGAAUCUUUGGAAAGCAAGGAAAUUUUCCGAAGCCAUAGUGGUGAUCGACGAAUUCGUCGCACGUCAGAUCAAGCUUCGAAAGGAAGAGGAGGUCCGAGGCGGCGACCUUCUAUCAAUAUAUGCAGAAAAAUCCGAUGAAGUGACGUUUCUAAGAGAUACGGCAGUCAAUUUCCUAAUCGCCGGCCGGGACACCUCGGGAACUGCUCUGAGCUGGUUCUUUUGGAACCUCGCGAAUCAUCCCCACGUGGAGGCGAAGAUUCUGGAAGAGUUGAGGGAGGUGCUGAGGGAGAAGACGAGGGAGAGCCUGAAACCCGACGAUUUAGACAAGUUGGUGUACCUCCACGCAGCACUGAGCGAAAGUCUGAGGCUGUACCCUUCUGUUCCUAUUGGCCAGAAAGGGGUCAUAAAGGAAGCAACGCUUCCUAGUGGGACUGUGGUGAAGCCAGGAAUGGUCAUUUUUUACCUGAUUUACGCAGUGGGGAGGAUGGAAUGGGUGUGGGGAAAGGAUUGCAUGGAAUUCAAGCCGGAGAGAUGGAUAGAUGAAAACGGAAAACUGAGGCACGAGAACAACAGCUACAGGUUUCUUGCUUUCAAUGGAGGGCCGAGGACCUGUAUAGGUAAGGAUGUGGCUUUUGUGCAGAUGAAGUUUGCUGCUGCCUUGGUCUUGCUCAACUUUGAGGUAAGGGUGGUGGAAGGACACCCUGUUGCGCCGCUCACUUCCGUCAUCUUGAACAUGAAGCGCGGGUUAAUGGUCACGGUGAAGGAGAGGACUAAAGUGGAGGGCUAGGUGCUUAAGAUCAGGAUCUGAGCUUAGCUUUUACUGUUUAACUUAUAACUAUAUACCAGUACAGGUGGUCUGUGUUUGUUCCAUAGCUUUGACUAAUAUUUAUCUACAUAUAUUUCAGCAUA